UUUGAAAGCUAUGACCGGAAACUAUUUUGUGAAUUCUGUUUAACUUUACAGCAAUGCGGAGAAGCAGGACCUCCGAAGAAAUAAACCGAGAGUGAACCGAGCACUUGUAUUAUUUCUCUGGUCCGUUUUCUGUCAGUUUUGGGGUUUGACAGUUGUUUUAGUAGCCGAAUAUCUGUUCGCUUCGUCUGGACCAAGCUAUCUCCGCGCCGACAGACAAAAAUGGAUAUAGAGAAGGAAGUAAAGAAGAUGACCCUCGGGCAUGAGUUUGGGGCUGGAGCGGCCUGUUUGAAAUGCAAGAACAAGUGUGAAGGCUUUGAACUGCAUUUCUGGAGAAAAAUCUGCAGAAAUUGCAAAUGUGGCCUCACAGAGCACAACGUGCAGAUGAACUCGGAGGAGAACAAGAAGGUAGGCAAGCUGUUCGAGGACACCAAGUACACCGGGCUCAUUGCCAAGCUGAAGACGGACGGCAUCCCCAGCUACCAAGGCAACAUGGUGACCAUCACUCUGCCCAGCUCUGGCACUGCUUACAUCGUACCGCCGAGUGCCUCUUCCACUGUGGUGCCCCCUUCUGUCACAGCUGGUCCUGUGCAGCCUGCCGGAGCCACUGCAGGUUCAGCCAACAGCAGCACUCAGUCUCAUCCUCAGCCUCAGCCUGUACCAGCCAGCGUCGAACCUGUCAAGGCUAACAAAGUGCCUGUUACUGUCAGCGCCUCAUCAGCCAUUUUGGUACCAGUCCCCAAAGAUGUGCCAAUGACGUCCGUCACCUAUGAGUGGGCACCACCAGUAGCUAAUAAGUAUCUGGCGGCGCGUUACAUCGAGCUGCUCCCGCCAGAGAGACGUCCGGUGGCCGGGACAGAGGGAGCUGCUUACCGUAGGCAGCAGAUGGCCCGGCAGCUGCCCGAGCACGACCAGGACCCGUCCAAGUGCCACGAGCUGAGCCCCGCCGAGGUCAAGCUAAUGCAGCAGUUUGUUCGCAAGUACAAAGAUGACGCCCUGGGGGUUGGAGAUGUUGUGCUGCCUGAAGAAAUGGCUCUGGUUCAGGCAGGAGGGCAGGGAGGAACUGGUGUUGGGGCUGGAGGGGGACAUGGUGCUGGGGGGGCAGGGUUUGGACCGGGAGUUGGAGCUGCUGGGGUUGGAGCUGGUAAUGCUGCUGGUUCUCGGCCAGGGGCUGCAGGCCCGGGUGUUGGGCCUAUGGCUGGUGCUGGUGCUGGGACUAGGGCUGGCUUUGGACCUGGUGCAGGGGCUGGAGGAGCUGGAGCUGGUGGUACUGGAGCCCUUUCAGGGCCUGGGACUGGACUGGCUGGCUCUGGGCCAGCUGGAGGAGCCAUGGGCACUGCUGCCACCGCUGGAGCCAUCGGCCUGCCUGGAGCUCAGCAACCUGGACUACCACAGCGGGCCUUUUCAUGCAAUCACUGCCAGCACCCGAUGCGUGUGGGCGAGCCAGCCGUCUAUGCUGAGCGGGCCGGCUACGACAAAAUGUGGCACCCAGCAUGCUUUGUGUGUUGUACCUGCAACGAGCUACUGGUGGACAUGAUCUACUUCUGGAAGAAAGGGAAGCUGUACUGUGGACGCCAUUAUGGAGACAGCGAGAAGCCGCGCUGCGGAGGCUGUGAUGAGCUGAUCUUCAGUAAUGAGUACACUCAGGCUGAAGGCCAGAACUGGCAUCUGAAGCACUUCUGCUGUUUUGACUGUGACUGCAUCCUUGCCGGAGAGACCUAUGUCAUGGAGAAUGACAAGCCUGUCUGCCAGCCGUGCUACAUGAAGAACUACGCGGUGAAAUGCUCAUCCUGCCAGAAUGCGGUAGAGCCCGAGGCCCAGAGGGUUUCCUACGGCGAGUACCACUGGCACGCCGAGCCUCAGUGCUUCAAGUGCUCCGGCUGCUCCAAGUGCCUGGUCGGCCAGCGAUUCAUGGCGGUGCAGCGCUUCCUCUUCUGCUCUGUGGAGUGCAAGAAGAAAACCAUGGCUUAGAGGGCCAAAACAACUCCCUCCAUCUUCUCCACAACCACUUGUGAAACCAGGAUAGGUUCGGCUAAGACUAGAACCCGAGCGGGGAAAACAAACAUUAGUGCAGCUGUGCAUGGGAAGAGAGGGAUUGUGGUUGUGUUAACAUCGAAUAGAGUGCCUGACUCCUCUGAUAUAGAGAAAUACCAGAAUAGUGAGUCCAUUUGCCUUUGGGUGCUCUUUUCUUUUUGUCCACAGUAUUGAUAAAUUUGUCUCAAUUAGACACCUAAACUCUUAUCUUCCAGUUUAUCUGCCUUUAAAAUCAGUGGUCUUAUUUCAACAAGUAGAUUUUUGUACUGCUUUUCUUGCACUGUUUUCUAACUGAAGAGAUUAAUUUUGUAUUGGUGAGUUUUUGCAAUCCAGUAUUUUUUAUGUUAAACCUGUGUCUUUGAUAGUAUCAGUGCUAUGCUACUCAUAUGGUACCUACUGUUGAUUUAAUAUGCCAACUUUUACUGCUUCCUUCAUACAAAAACUACUGAUACUCACUCUCCUCUAUGCAGAUUAUUGGCCCGGUUUGGGGUUGCUUUGCUUCCAGUGCAGUGUAUUCCAGAUUCACUGAAAAAAAACAGUCCGUGAGAGAUUUGGAAGUACAUUCCCCCAUAGUUGCUAACAAAAGAUUUGGCUACUGUAGUUGUUUUAUUGCACAUAAUCCAAUGAGGUGAAUAAUAGUGUUUCAUAGUAUUCUUGGGGAACAAAACAAUGUGAAAUCUUCCAGUAUACACCACCAGCAGUUACCAGUUUAUAAAAGGUACCCGGUACAAACUAUUGCUUUCCCAACAACAGGCCUGGAAUUAAGUGGUGGUAUGUAGAGAGGUGCAUGACCGGUAUACCGUCCACCUUGUGUAUGUUAAUUGGGAUGAACAGAGUGCAAAAAUAUAUGGAGUUUUCCAAGUAUAUUGGAUUGCAUUGCCUUCUAAUAAUGAACUGGUAAGUCUGUGUAAUGCAGUUCAAUCCAAUCCAAUAAUACUGCAAACUAUAUCCUCAGAAAAGGCUGUAGAAUUGACAUGAUCUUCAGAAAUGUCUGUAUAAUUCAUUUUAUUCGGAUCUCCAUUAGCUUCCAAGUGAUUACAAGCAAAAUAAAACAUGUAUAAUUCUGUAUAAAUAAAAGGAAAAACGCAAACCAAUCUUGAAUUGCAGAAUUAAGUGUUCUUUGUCAUCCAAUUCUAUGUAGAUCAUCCACUGGGUUCCUGGUGAAUAUAAACAGUGCCAAGUUGUUUUAUAGGAAUGGCAUGGUACCCAAGGACUAUAAAACAGUUGUCCUCUAUUCUUGGUCAUUUUUUGUGCCAUGUAUUUUCCCUUUCAUGCAAUAAAGUGCACUUUAAAU